AUGAGAGAAUACUGUAAUAUUGGUGCUCUGUUUGUGCCACUGUGCCCUGCGUCGCAACCACGAUUCACAAGUCUACUACAUGUCAAGUGGACUCGCAUACCCGCCGCUAGAACCUCUCGAUUGCUCCUGGCAUAUCCUCCAUUCCUCUUCUUUAAUAAUAUGCACUUGCUCCCGCAAAUUGGAGUUGUCAUUCCUCAGGGUUUCCACUUGAGCCUUCAAUUGUUGUUGAAGGUUAUAGUGAGCAUCAGCCCAAGCCAAGUGAACACUGUAUGGAAUGUCGGACAUGUUGAAUAUUCGGAGUUAUGCGCUGCGGUGUCACUGAAAAUCUACGAUGAUGGCUAUACUUUGUGUCCUUCCUCCACGCUGGCGUCUGUGGUGAAAACCUCCGUCUCUGCUACCAAGCUGCAACCUACGAUGCCCUCCAGCGGAAGGGCGUUAUUACAAUUCUCUCCUGCACAAGCGAACUUCGUUCCAACAGAAUACUUCGACACCAGCAAUUCUUGGAUUGCAGUAGAGACCAUGGCUACCGAAUCUUCAACGAUUGCAGAGGCUACAGACGUUGCUUGGGCUAUGACAGAGUCGGCUGCAGCUGUGGCUUGGGCAGCCAGACUUGUCGCAGCGCCCUCGAGACCGGGAAUCGGUUGA